GAACAACAGGCCAGAGAGCGCAUCUUCCACAGAGAGCAAAGAGACACAAAACGAAACGGAACGAGUGAAGUGUGUGCAAGAACCGAAUCGGCAGAGAUUUUACAAGUGAUCGCAGUUAUUUUGUGAAGUUAUUCGAAAUGAUUUCCAUGCAAGAGUUGAUGGAAGUGCGGAUGCAGCAGCAGCUGGCCCACGAGAUCUAUCGCCAGCAGAUAAUGCAACGCAUUCCAGAUCCCUUUCCGGCAAUGCUGCCUUUCAACAUGCCCCAGCCGCAAAUGAUGCUGCCCAGCCGCCCCGGCCUGCCCGGCGUGGAGGCCAAGUUGGAGAACAACGAUCUGUGGCAGCAGUUUCAUAAAAUCGGCACCGAAAUGAUCAUCACAAAGAGCGGCAGACGCAUGUUCCCCUCGAUGCGGGUCUCGCUGAGCGGCCUGGAGGAGGAGGCCAGCUACUGCGUCCUGCUGGAGAUGGUGCCCAUUGGCGACUGCCGCUACAAGUUCUCCGGCUCGCAGUGGGUCCCGGCCGGAGGAGCCGAGCCCCAGAGCCCACAGCGCAUGUAUCUGCAUCCGGACAGCCCGGCCACCGGCUCCCACUGGCAGUCCCAGGCCCUGCUCUUCAACAAGGUGAAGCUGACCAACAAUACCCUGGACAGCAGCGGACAUAUUGUUUUGGCCAGCAUGCAUAAGUACCAGCCACGCCUCCACAUCAUUCGCAGCAGCGAGCUCACCCAACUGCCCUGGGCCCCGCAGCAGGCGUUCGUCUUCCCGGAGACGGAGUUCGUGGCCGUCACAGCAUAUCAGAACGAUCGCAUUACCAAGCUGAAGAUCGACAAUAAUCCCUUUGCCAAGGGCUUUCGCGAGUCCGGGCAGUCGCGGUGCAAGCGCAAGCUCAACAGCAGCUCCAACUCCAGCCCGGAAUCGGAGGACGAGGGUUCCAGUGUGAGCAGCUGCGAUUCGCCGCACUCGAAGCGCCAGCGCCUGGACUGUGAGCAGGACUCCCAGGGCAGUCUGUCGCCAGUACCCUACUACCCGGCCAGGGCUGCUCUCAGCCCCAGCCUCUCGCCCUACCAUCGCCAUCCACUGAGCUAUGCUGCUGCCUAUUUUGGUGGAGUUGUUCCUCAAGCUCCCCCCAUGCCGCUGCCUUCUGCGCUAUGCUAUGUGCAAGAUCCUACUCCAGCGCCGGCCAGCCCCGUGGAGCCAUCGACAUCCCCGGCAAGCGACAGCACACCCACCACCUCCCCACGCACAACGACCUCCACCAAACGGAACAGCUUCAGCAUCUCGGCCAUUUUGGCCUACUGAAGAGGAGAGUCUUUGGGGAAGCGUCUGUUGCGAGAUAUACUCGCAUGUACAGUAUAAUGUAUAAUGUUAGGCCUAAGCUACAAUCAAAUCAUUUGUUAAUUAGUUUUAAGUGUAUUUGGACAGAAUAAAGAAAAAAGAAAU